AUAAGAAGCCUGCCCCUGCUUUUUUCAACAUGGAUGUAAAUGGUCUCCUAGGGUGCAAAGAAGCCUCUAAAAUGCGUAUUUCACGUCUAAUCGAAUUAUCGGCCCCGCCGUGUGAGUUCUGGCUCGUUUCUUCUGUUGAUAACCAUUAAAACGUGAACGUUACGCGAUACCUGUCAUUGAAAUUAUACUAAAUUUUUUGUGUUGCGCGUUGCCUAAUUAAAAUCACUCGAAAAUCAUGGAGGUACUGAUAGAUUGCUAUUUCGACAGACUGUUUUCGGAAAUGGAACGCAGUUCCUUGGCCUCGCGAUACAAACGUCGCGAGCUGGUCAGUUAUUUCACGGAUGUGAUAAAUAGUUGUGCAGAAGCGGAAGACCUCGACAAGCAGGACGUAUGCGAGAGGAUAGUUCUCUCAGCUCUGCGUUAUCACAAUAUCACGAUGAUGGAGAACGGAUCGAUCUGUUUACUCGGCAAAUUUCAUAAUGUUCUUUACGUGGCGGCGAAGCUGUGCUAUGAUUGGGAUAUCCACAAUAACACGAUUGUCAGUCGACUGUUAAAUGACAUAUUCUAUUGCGAGAAGACGUUCGAGCGAUUACUCAUCGGGGCAAUCUUCGGCACGCGCGUAACGCAUUUCCUGUCGGGCUGGAAGUGCGACUUUGACGAUCGCAAGGAGAACAUCCGGGCUCUCGUGUACUUCUUGGAUCACGCAAUUAGCGGUCGGUUGGAGUACCGUUGCGAAUCCUCGCCGAUAAAAAGACGUUUCAUCGACGUGACCAUGGAGUCGUAUGGACAGGUUCUGCCUCUCAGGGUCGCGAUCCAACACGGCGCACCGGAUAUCCUGUUGAUCAUGCUGCGCUACGGUGCUUCAAUCGAAUCUGACAAACUGGCUCCGUCGCCGAUAGAGAUGAUUCUGACAAAACUGAGCGAGUACGAGGCACAACCCGGACAGAAGGAAGUCGUUUAUCCGGAACAUCUGCUGACGUGUCUGAAGCUACUAUUACGAACUGUGACCGCUGCGUACAUCAGAACUCCUGAUCAUAUCGCCGCUCACACCGGUAUAUUUAGUAUCUCUUUGUACGAGCAGUAUCCCAACCUGGCGAAUCAAAAUCUAAUACCUCCGGAACGUAGCGGAAUUUGUCCAGCGGAACUUAGACAUCUGUGCCGUUGUCGAAUCCGCGAGACCCUCCAUAAUAAUUGGGCAUUGCCUCACGGAAUCAAGAAACUGCAGAUUCCAGAAUCUUUGAGAAAUUAUCUGGAUUUGUUACAAGACUGAUGACUCGUUCGCGGGAUGAUCGGUAUCGGUGUUUUAUUUUGUUUUAGCAAUGAAUCUUAGAAAUAUUUUAUCAUAUGCGUUUGUACGCAGUGUCUUAAAAUUUCACUAUGAUUCGAUAAAACGUACUUUCUGUCGAUUCGAGUGCAGAAUCUAGCAAAUGCUAAAUCUUUUAAAGUCAUCGCAUAAAGUUCGAAUCUUGAACUUACAGUUUAGCAAAAUAUAUGGAUAGAGAAAGUAGAGUCAAAUUACGGCAAAGAUUUUGAUAGAUGCGAAUCGUAUAUUUAAAUAUAUGUCAGAUUUUAUGUGGAAUACUUGAUAUAUGAAAGCGAAAUCUCGCGCGAGACGUUCAAGUAGGUCUAAGGUCUAAGGUUUGAGAAAAAGUCAAGUUCAGAAGGUCGGGUCAUAGCGUUUUAUAAUGACGCUAUGUUAAUGAAUCUUGGGAAUUAGAGAAAAACUUUGUGAGGGAUGCUCUUGUAUACGCUCGCGAUGCGAAUACCAGAAACAUUCAAGAAUAAUGGAAAGUAUGUCGUGAGACAAUGUAAUAAUGUACGCGUUCGGGAAACCAAAGUUGUGAACCGUU